AUAUCAAAGCCACGUCAUUCCUCUAGAUAUCCUUUCUCAAACACAAUCUGCUGCCCAGUACUUAGUUUUCGCAAAGCAAGGUGCGCUUCGGCAUUGGAUCUUUGUACUUCUUGACAGAAUGAGCGGUGGACCGCGACAGAUAAUUCCCAGCCCUGAGCUGUGGGGACCUGGAACUUUUGUGGACAAUGGAGAUCCAGAUGUUCCCCGCGAUUCGCAGCGUGUCUUUGAGCUUCUCGCCCAAACUACUCCAGGCUUCCCUCAGGAUCGUCGACUGUGGGAUUCCGUCUCCUUUGAAGGAAGUUCUGAUCCAAUCACCCCGGGCCCACUAAAGGCACCCGUUGUCGCCGCAGCUCUACACGCUAUGUGCGGAGUCGUGGCAAAGGAGAUAUUGGAGGCAAGAGACGGCCCUUAUUGCAACCACAAUAUGAUAAUCAAUACCGAUCACGCGGCCUUUUGGCUAGGAACAGUUUCCAUCACGAGGCGAAAUGGAGUUAGUGUCCCGCAGUUGGCGCGAAGCGGGAAACUUGGAGAGAUAUUCCCCAAAGACUUGGAGAAGGAUACAUUCAAGACGCCCCUGAGAUUGCGGACCACGGCCUGCUAUCCCACGAAGAAAGAUGGCAUGUGGUUUCAACUUCAUGGCUCGCUAGAUGCCGAUCCCGUUCUGCAAACCAUUGGAUUGGAUCCCAGCACGCGAUGCGACAGUCUCGAAGACGCAUACAAAAUCAUUGGCCAUCACGUCCGCCAAUUCGGACCGGAGGAGUUGGAAAUGCUCCAUGUUCAAAGAGGUCUUUGCGGCACCAUGUGCUACACGCCAAAGGCGUGGAGAGAGACAAAAAUGCACAAAGAGAUUUCCAAAUGCCCCUUAGUGAAUUACAAACACGAGGCCUAUGUUGCACCAACUCCUGCUGUACCAUUCCCUGUCAUUGAUGGAGACAAGAGGCCUCUAGCGGGGAUCAAAGUUGUUGAAUUGGUCCGCAUCAUUGCCGGUCCGGUGAUCGGGAAUACUCUUGCGUCUCUUGGCGCGGAUGUCAUUCGCAUCAACUGCAGCCGUCUCCCAGACUUCAACACUCUACAGUUAACGCUAAACGCCGGGGUACGGACAACCGAUCUUGAUCUGAAUAAAGAAGAGGAUUUGUCAAAAGUUAAGAAACUCAUAGAAGAGGCUGACGUAUUUAUUCAAGGCUAUCGGCCGGGAGCUCUAGAGAAAAAAGGUCUAGGUCUCCACGACGUACUCGAGAUGGCAAGCCGUAGAGGCAAAGGCAUCGUGUACGUUGAAGAGAACUGCUAUGGACCAAAAGGUCCUUUUCAGGAUCGGCCUGGCUGGCAACAAGUAGCUGACGCUGCUUCCGGCUGUUCCUACGUCACAGGAAAGUAUUUGGGACACACUGAUGGAACCUGUAUACUUCCAGCUCUGCCUGUGCCUGAUAUGUUAACAGGUGUUGUUGGUGCUAUCGGAACUAUGAUGGCGCUAAGAGAUCGUUCUCGCAACGGUGGCUCGUACCACGUUUUUGCCUCUUUAAUGGCCGCUGCUUCUCUUCUUUUGGAUCCUGAGGUGGGUUUGUAUCCCCCAGAGGUAACACAGAGGUGCGAUGCAAGAUUUAAAUGGGGUCAUGUGGACCCACAGUUGUUCGUCCUUGAGCUGCUAUCUGUUGUCAUCGAAGGUUGGCAAAGAGAGCUUCCUCAAUAUUUUGGUCCAGAUUCUCCUUGGAUUACCAAGCUUAAUGGUGAAUGGGGACAAUUUGAGAUUUUGAAGCCAGUUCUCCAAUUUGUGGAUCAAGACCUAUCACCCAGGUGGUCAACUGCGCCACUACCCAACUGUCGGUAUGAACGGGAUGAAAUAUCUUUUUUGCACUCAAAGCCUCUGAUGAUAAAUGGACAUCUGUAAUAAAGUGAGGCUCUCCAAAACUAGAGGGUAAAAACUUUUCUGGAAAAGAAUGAGGACUAUCCUCUCACAUACGAGACUUCAAUAAAUUUAG